GUUUACUAUAAUUAGUACUGCAUGCUAUUAUAUAAACAGACUUCGAGAGAUAGCAAACAUGAAGCUAUUACUUGUUGUGUACUGCUUCAGUUUUUUGGAAAUGAUUAACAGUCAAGAGGAACAAGUCCCAAUACAAGUUAAUUGCACUGACAGAGCCAUGAGACUAGUGGGUGGAUCCACCGUCAGUGAAGGCAGACUAGAGAUAUGCCACAACGGUCAAUGGGGGACAAUAUGCAACCAGGGAUGGACACACAGUAGAGCUGCUCAAGUGUGCAGUAGACUAGGGCUACCAACCUACAAUGCUACACUACACCAAUUCAAUGGAGGAGCUGGUUCAGUAUACACAUACAACUGCACAACAAUGGACAGUGAUAUUUCUAACUGUAUCCAAGAGUCUUCUUGUGCCGACUCAAUGGAUGUUGGAGUGAAGUGUCUUGCUUUCACUGAUGCUAGUGCAGUUCCUGUCAACCAAGUAAUUGCUACCUGUGGGACAUCAGGAGCAAUAAUUGGUCUAUUGGCAGCUGCUCUAGUGGUGGUUGGCACUGGAUGGAUUGCGUCGUGUGCUUACUUUCUAAGCAAACACCACACCCACUCUACUAACAACCACACCCUCCAAUACACACCACAAGAUGAGGCAUUGUAUGGCACAAUCAAUGACACACCUGGAGCACAAUGAUACUGUGCAGUGCGUUCAAAAUGAAAGCUAUUCACUUGUCGGGCAAAGGAACAUGGACACACAAACUUAAUUACUUAUAGUCAACAGAACUUUAGUUUUGUAUUAAACGUUUGUGCACCAACACCAAAUACUUAUAGAAGCUGCCGAUAUUGUUUCUAUUUACACGCCUGAUACAGUAUAGCGUGUAAUUUUCGUGGGGCAAAAUAUUCGUGGUUUUCGUGGUUGGAGGUCUGACCACGAAUAUUUUACCCACGAAUGAAGCGACCUUGCCUACCUUUACCUGCAGUGCAAGCAGCAACCACGAAAAUAUUACCCACGAAAUGUCUCAAUAUUGUUAAACCACGAAUAUUUU